AUGAGAGCAUUUAUUACUAGGCUUUCGCUUGCCCAUCUACUUCCGGCUCGCCCAUUUCUUUCUGUGCACUCCAAUCCACGCGCUGUUUCGUUCCAAAGCAGAUUAGGUCUCCCUAAGUUUCCUCUGCCUUCAACAUCACGACGAAGCUUUCAUUCCUCGCCUAGUCUGAGAAACGAAUGGAUUUCAUCGGAAGCCAUACUGUACGAACUUAAAGAUCGAAAAAUUGAAAAAUGGGGCUGGGUUUUCUACCGGACCACAUACAAAGACGACGAAGCCUGGGAUGUUUUUAAGCAAAAGGUCGACAUUUCAGUGCGCUCAAUCAUCAACCUCGACCCACGGUCAGAAAUCAAUGAAGCCAUGUUCGACAAACUCAAAUUUAUCUUCAUUGAAGACAAGGCAAAGUUCGAUGGAGCUUCCAAGGAGGAUCUACGGGCCCACUUCCAAGAAUGGGUGGCUGAUAGCUUCGCGGCUGAGAACCCACGCGCUGAUCAGAAGCUCCUGUAUGACAAUGAGCCCGUUGCAAGGUACCGAUUCUUCUUCGAAAUUGACGAGGAUGCAUUGCGCAGCUGUGGUUCUAAAGGUUCAGGCCAUGCCAACUUUGUCGAUGGUUUUUCGUCGAGUGAAGACCGCUCUAGAAAUCUCAACCUUGCCGCACAAAAGAAUCCCGAACAGCCGCAGAAUCAAGUGGGGGAUAUUGAAGGCUGCUCGGAUGUUGACUGGAUGAGAAUGGACAUGGCAUUUUUUAUGGACCCUCAUUUCUAUGCAGGCAUGAGCAUGUCGGUAGAGCAUAUGUGGCAUUUCCUUUACGAGCGGCCUCCUGCUAUUAUACCAAACAGCAAGCUUAUGCUUUUGAUGCAAUUUCAGUAUGCGGCUCGUAGGAGGUGA